GUCGUGUGUCCAAGUGAGGCCCCACCGACCCCAGCUUCCCCAGACUGCGUUCACAUGCCUCGGCUGCAGCGCACGACGCAUCAUCCACGCGCACAUGUCAAGACGAUCACACUCGAUGCCAGCAACGCACACCAGAACAUGAGCUUGUCGCCAGGCACGACUCGCAUGGCCCACGAUGGCCGCACAAUCAACGCUGCGAGAGCCUCAUGAUCCGCUGCUCGCCCUCUACGACCACUAUGCCACCCUCGUCAAGUCGCGCGUGCGCGGCGCCUCGAGGCUCACCAAGCUGCUCUCGACCAUCACGCUGCUCUUCUCCAUCAUAGGCGCCGGCUAUGGGAGCCGUCGGUGGUACAGGAGCAGACGCGCCGAGAAAGAGACGGGCAGACGGCUGCUGAGGCGCAACUCGGCGCUCAAGAACAAGGACGGCAGCAGGACCAUCUAUGUCCCCUACCGCGACUCGACUUCCAAAGUCGUCAUCAAUCCGACCAAGCCGACCACUUUCGAUGCACAUCGCCGACUCUUCCUCCAGCCGCCGCGGGCUGCGAGGAUGCAGGACGCGACGGACCCACAAGCACCGCCGCCGCAGACCAAGCCGGGCCUGAACCUGGCCUUCCUGCAUCAGUUCCUCAGUCUGCUGAACAUCAUGAUACCGCGCUGGAACAGCAAGGAGACGGGCUUGCUAGUGAGUCACGGCGUGUUCCUUAUGCUGCGGACGUACCUAUCGCUGGUUGUUGCGCGACUCGACGGAGAGAUCGUGCGCGACUUGGUCGCAGGCAACGGCAAAGCGUUCCUAUGGGGCAUCUGCAAGUGGCUCGGCGUCGGCACCUUCUCAUCGUACACCAACGCCAUGAUCAAGUUCUUGCAGUCCAAGGUCUCGAUUGCGUUCCGGACACGGCUCACGCGGUACAUCCACGACUUGUAUCUGAACGACCACCUCAACUACUACAAGCUGUCCAACCUGGACGGUGGCGUUGGUCAAGGCGCAGAUCAGUUCAUCACGCAGGAUCUGACGCUGUUCUGCGCUUCGGCUGCCUCGUUGUAUUCGUCGCUGGGCAAGCCGUUCGUAGACUUGUGUGUCUUCAACUACCAGCUGUUUCGAUCCCUAGGACCCAUCGCUUUGACUGGCCUGCUGAGCAACUACUUCCUGACUGCCACGAUACUACGAAAACUAUCGCCGCCAUUCGGCAAGCUGAAAGCUGUUGAAGGCAGACGGGAAGGCGAUUUCCGCGCCCUGCAUUCCCGCCUGAUCGCCAACGCCGAGGAAAUUGCCUUCUAUGGCGGCGACCAAAUGGAAAAACACUUCCUCGAGCGAGGUUUCAAGGACCUGAAGCACUGGAUGGAAGGCAUCUACAGCCUGAAAAUCAGGUACAACAUGCUCGAAGACUUCGUCCUCAAAUACUCCUGGUCCGCCUUCGGCUACCUGAUCACUUCCCUCCCCGUCUUCCUCCCCGCCUGGGGCGGCCUCAACGCAACCCCCGAACUUCCAGGCAAUUCCGGCAUCGAGAAACAAGGCCGCGAACGAAACCGCAUGAAAGAUUUCAUCACCAACAAACGCCUCAUGCUCUCCCUCGCCGACGCAGGCGGCAGAAUGAUGUACAGCAUCAAAGACCUCUCCGAGCUCGCCGGCUACACCUCGCGCGUGUACACACUAAUCAGCACACUCCACCGCGUCCACGCAGACGCCUACUCCGCGCCCCCAGGCACCCGCCCAGAACUCUACUCCGUAUCUGACAUCCAAGGCACCGUGCACCGUGGCUUCGACGGCCUGCGCCUCGAACACGUGCCGGUCGUGGCUCCUGCCCUACACCCUCGUGGUGGCGACGAACUGCUCGAAAGUUUAUCCUUCAUCGUGCAUAGUGGUGAACACCUCCUCAUCACCGGGCCCAAUGGCAUCGGGAAAUCCGCUGUGAGCCGCAUCGUCGCCGGCUUGUGGCCUGUAUAUCGCGGGCUAGUCUCGCGCCCGCGUUCCAUUGGGAUGGAUGGCAUCAUGUUCCUCCCGCAGCGCCCCUACCUAUCCACUGGUACGCUGCGCGAUCAGGUUAUCUACCCGCACACAGCGGUCGAUAUGAAAGACGCGGGACGGCGCGAUUCGGAACUGCAUGCUGUUCUUGAGGAGGCGAAGCUGGGGUAUAUUCCAGAUCGAGAGGGUGGGUGGGAUACGAAGAAGGUGUGGAAAGAUGUUUUUAGCGGCGGUGAGAAACAGCGAGUUGGUAUUGCGAGGCUGUUGUACCACGAACCGCGCUACGCCUUCAUCGAUGAGGGGACGAGCGCAGUGUCGAGUGAUGUUGAGGGUUUGUUGUAUGAGCGCUGCAAGGCUAAGGGCAUCACACUUAUCACAAUAUCCACACGCGCCUCUCUCAAAAGAUACCACACGCACCUCCUCUCCCUCGGCCUCGGCGAGUCUGGCGAGGAAUGGGAGUUUCAGCGCAUCGGCACCGCAUCGGAGAAGAGCUCUGUCGAGAAAGAGUUGGCAGAAUUACGAGAGCGCUUGGCCAAAGUGGAAGAGUGGAAGACACGCAGGACAAAGAUUGAGGAAGAGCUGAAGAGGGUGUGGGUCGAAGGCGGGGAGGAGCUGAGUCCACCGCCGUAUGCGGAGACUGUGGAUGUUGGCAGUGAGGAGGGGAGUAGGGAGGAAAGUGCUGUGAGUGAGAUGAGCCCUGUGAACCAAGAGGAUGUAGGUCAUGAUGAUGCUGUGGAAGAGCAUGAGGGUCAGGUCAUUGGGAGCGGUGGAGGCGAGGGCUUGUUCAAUUCAUCCAGCUCCUGGAACCCAGCACACCGGCCAUUAUGAUAUACAAUCGAGCAAUUCAGAC